AUAAACGAAGGGUGGUGAUGAUGAGGGUUCCGAACCCCCUAAUGAAAUUUCUGAUCAGUGGCCUAAGUAAGCCUAAACAAAACAAAGAGAUACAAAGACCAGAAGGGGAGUAACAUCAUUCCCUUCUGUUAAUUUGUCAAAACUCAUCCCCUCACUUGUCCCAAUUCUUACAUUUCUUUCUCUAACAUGCACCCUACGUUCCUCUGAGGUUCCAUGUUUCAAGAUAACUAAGGAAAAAACAGAUCCAAAACACAAAUCCACAUCAAAACAGUUCUUGUCAUCUCUCCAUAAUUCUUGGAAGGAAAUCAAAAGAGAAAGAAAAAAGAAUCAUUUCAUUUGUCCAUUUAUGCCAUUUCUACCCUCACCGUUGGCAUGAUCAGUUCUCUCCCAUUUUCACAUCCACAGCAACUCACAUCUCUGCUCGAAUCAUAACAACGUGAAUUGAUGAUUCGAGCUCCUAAAGAAGGAGGAUGUACGAAGGUGUAUGAUCGUGGAGAGCCACGGCUCGAUGUCUCCUGAUGAUUACAAUAGGGUGACGUCGAGAAGCAAUGCAUCCGUUCCAUUAGAACAGAUAUGGAAUUGAUGAAGGAAAAGUUUGCAAAGUUGCUUCUGGGUGAGGAUAUGUCGGGUGGGGGAAAAGGUGUUUCGUCGGCUUUGGCAUUGUCGAAUGCAAUUACAAAUUUAGCAGCCUCUGCAUUUGGAGAGCAAAAGAGACUAGAGCCGAUGGCUGUAGAGACCAAAGCAAGGUGGAGAAAAGAGAUUGAUUGGCUCUUAUCUGUCACUGAUCACAUCGUUGAAUUAGUUCCUUCCAGACAAAAGGCCAAGGAUGGAAGUACUAUGGAGAUUAUGGUGACAAGGCAGCGGAAUGAUCUUCUCAUGAACAUUCCUGCAUUACGCAAGCUAGACGGAAUGCUACUUGAUUGUUUGGACAACUUCAAAGACCAACAUGAGUUCUACUACACAAAAUCAAAGGAUGAUGACGAUUCCAAGAAAGGAAAAGCGAGAAAUGAUGAUAAGUGGUGGAUUCCAACUCCUAAGGUUCCCCCAAAUGGUCUGUCUGAUGCUUCAAGAAAAUGGUUGCAAUAUCAAAAGGAUUCAGUCACCCAAGUACUAAAAGCAGCUAUGGCAAUAAAUGCUCAGGUCCUUACAGAAAUGGAAAUCCCAGAAAACUACAUUGAAGCUCUCCCUAAGAAUGGAAGAGCAAGCCUGGGUGACUUAAUAUACAAGAGCAUGACAGAAGAGUUCUUCGAUCCAGACUGUUUGCUUUCUGCAUUAGACUUAUCAACGGAGCAUAAAAUACUCGACCUCAAGAACAGGAUUGAGGCAUCAGUGGUGAUCUGGAAAAGGAAAAUGAAUGCAAAAGAUACCAAGUCUUCUUGGAGUUCAGCUGUGAGUUUUGAGAAGAGAGAACUCUUGGAAGACAGAGCAGAAACGAUCUUGCUAAUUCUCAAGCAUCGUUUCCCUGGGAUUCCCCAGUCUGAUCUAGACAUCAGCAAAAUCCAAUACAACCGAGAUGUGGGGCACGCGAUUCUGGAGAGCUAUUCAAGAAUUAUAGAGAGCCUGGCGUUCACCGUUUUGUCAAGAAUAGAGGACGUUAUGCAUGCUGAUUCUCUUGCUAGAAGUUCAGAACAAAAGAGGAACCAGACAAAAGAACGGCCAGCUAAAGAAGACCCGGAACACGUGAAUCCAGCUGAGACACCUACGUCAAAGACGUUGCUGGACUUCAUGGGGUGGAAUUUGGACCAGGGAGAAACAGAAACAGUAAAAGAUUCGAAGAAUGAUCUAAACAAACCAGCUAACAUCGUCACAAACAAGAAGAUAUCCUACAUAGAGAAGCUAGAGAACUUAGGUGGUCUAAGAAGCCCAACAGCACGCCACUAAUGUUAUUCCAUUCCUGCAGAACAACGUUAAGACAAGGAAUGCUAACAGACGGAAUUCGCCGAGUGUGAAGCUCAGCAGUUGAUGUAUAUACACGAAAAUGGUGAAAACGUAGAGUUUUUUUUUUCUUUAUUCUUUUCUUCUUUAAAAUCAAAGUUGUAGUUCUCUUUUUGUAAAUAGGAAGAAUUGGUAGAUUGCAUCCAAGAAGUCAUACUAAUGACUGGUGUUUAUUAUCAGAGCUAUGUACUCUGAAUCUUCUCCCGUUUUCUUAGCCAAACACCUCAAACAGUUUCCGAUAUUAUAUGGCUGAACAGAGCAACACUUAAGCAACACGGUGAACGAAAUGUAAGAGAGAGCCCAAAAUGAAUAUCUAAUUGAAGAUUUGGUGAUGAUCAACAGUGUCACAAGUAGGUCCGAGAUA